AGCUCCCCGGGGCGCGCGUGGGCCGGAGGCAGGAGCGGAAUGUGGGGUUGAGAGGGGUGGUCCAGAAAACCUUGCAGAUCCUGUGCAGUGCUGGAAAACAGUUCGGGGGGAUCCAGGGACAGGGACCUGGCCACAGCUUCCCAGCCAUGUCGGGUGCCCAAGGCCCAAAGCCCCUCAUCGCGGUCUGCCAGGUGACGUCGACCCCGGACCAAGAACACAACUGGGCGGCAUGUUCGCAGCUGGUCCGAGAGGCAACUCGGCGGGACGCCUGCGUCGUCUUCCUCCCGGAAGCCUUCGACUUCAUUGGCAGCUGCACGGAAGAGACCCUGCGCCUGGCGGAGCCCUUGGAGGGGGAUUAUCUCCAGCGCUAUCUCAGCCUGGCCAGGGAAUGUGGCGUAUGGUUGUCCCUCGGAGGUUUCCACGAGAAGGGCGAAGACUGGGAAAGCACACGACGGAUCUACAACUGCCACCUUCUUGUGGAUCCCAAAGGGUCUGUAGUGGCCACCUAUCGGAAGAUCCACCUCUUUGACGUGGAGCUGGAAGGGAGGGUCUCCCUGAAGGAAAGCGCCUUCACCAACCCCGGCUCAGAGAUGGUGCCGCCUGUGCCCACCCCAGCUGGAAAGGUGGGCCUGGCCAUCUGCUAUGACCUCCGUUUCCCGGAAAUGUCGCUGGCGCUGGCCCAGGCGGGCGCCGAGAUCCUCACCUACCCGUCAGCCUUCACCGUGACAACCGGCGCCGCCCACUGGGAGGUCCUGCUGCGAGCCCGUGCCAUAGAGACCCAGUGCUAUGUGGUGGCCGCGGCCCAGACGGGCCAGCACCACCCGCGCCGCACCUCCUUCGGCCACAGCAUGGUGGUGGACCCCUGGGGCAGCAUCGUGGCCCAGUGCCGGGAGGGGCCCGGCCUCUGCUUUGCCGAAAUCGACCUGGCCUACCUGCACCGCCUGCGCCAGGAGAUGCCUGUCUUUGCCCACCGCCAGCCUCGCCUCUACAGCCAGGCAGCUGGCGAAUGGGGCUUUGCGCCCCCUUGACGGGCUCAGCCUCCCCACGGAGGGGGCUUGGCUGCUGCAGCUGGACUCUGCACGGUCUGGGGUCUCUGGCCCCCCAGGAGCUGAUGUCCAGAGGGGCCGAGGGAGAGAGAGAACCAGAAUGCAGGGGAGGGGGGACAUUUCAACACAAUCCCCUCCUGGUGGGAGCAUCGGAUGUUUGGGGUUCAGACUGGGGUGGGGUCCAGCCGGUCCCUUUCCCUCUAGGGGGCCUUCGCUCCUGAAAUAAAUUCGCUUUUCAGCCA